AUGGCCGAAGACGAAGAGCCGCAGUUCAAGAGCCUCAAGGACCGCAUCGCGGCGCUCAACCUCGGCGCGGGGGGUGCAGCGCCCGUGCCAGCACCGGCUCCGCUAGCACCAAAGGCACGGCCCUCACCGCUGGUCCCAGCGUCCAAGCCUGCACCGCCCGCUCCAAGGCCCCACCACCACGAGGAGCUGCACAAUGGCGACGACGCCGCCGAGCUCCCGCAGUACAUCGCCAAGCGCGGGUUACCGCCCCCAAAGACCAACGGCUCUGUCGCCCCGCCCCCGACCCACACUGCACGCGACGAGAAGCAGCUCGACCGCCUCAAGCGCCCGACGGCCCCCAAGGUCUUUCCCAAGCGGCCGGAGAAGCCAGCCCCAACGUACAGCUACCACAAGGAGAUGGCGCCGCCUGUACGGCGGACGUCGUCGUCGACAUCAGCGGAACACGACACGCCGACAAGCCCCCCGCGAGCGCCGCCCCUGCUUCCCCACCGUGGCUCUGACGCAACUCCAAGCUUACCUCCCCGCCGUCCAUCGAUCGAGCCGGAGGCACACCGGCCGGGUCUUCCCCCACGCAAACCGUCAGACAACACGCCCAAGCUCCCGCCCCGCCGGCCGUCGGUGGACCCACAUCACGCCGCCCCGGGGCUGCCUGCUCGCCGGCCGUCGAUCGAGCCCGUUGCUCGCGCGGUGCCGCCCCUGCCUUCCAAGCCACCAUUACCGACCACCUCCAAGCCGCCGCUGCCGACGUCGUCAAAGCCCGCACUACCGUCUGCACCGAAGCCUGCGCUGCCGUCUUCGGCCAAGCCGGGGCUGCCAUCGUCAGCCAAGCCGACAUUGCCGUCCUCACCGAAGCCCGCGUCGCCAGCCCCGCCACGAAAGCUCCAGUGGCCCCCGCAGGAGCUCACUCCAGACGAGGUGCCCUCAACACCGCCAGUCAACGACCGCGGCGCACCUCCACCUGUGCCGCUCGCCUCUCGCCCCACGUCCAAGCCGAAGCCUGCGGCCCAGUUCUACGCCGGCCACCACCCCGACCCGCCAGACUGCCUCGUCUGCCGCGACUUCUCCCAGCCGGACCACUAUGCGGCGUCGUACCCGCGUGCGAGUCUCCCUGCGCACGACGCGGUCGGAUAUCUCGCCGAAGCGCUGUGCGACCCGUUCCCUUCUGCGACAGACAAGGCGCGAGCCAUCUUCACGUGGUUCCACUACAACGUCGCAUACGACGUUGCGAUGUUCUGCUCGGGUAACCUGAGAGGCAUGAGCCCCGAGGAGACGAUCCGCACCGGUAUGGCUGUGUGCCAGGGCUACGCGGACACGUUUGCCGCCAUUGCGCAGCGCGCAGGGCUCGAGUGCGUUGUCGUCAGCGGACACGGCAAGGGCGCCGGCAUCAAGGACUGGGUGCAGGGCGAGCCGAUCCCGCGGAUGGACUCGAACCAUGCGUGGAACGCGGUCCGUAUCGAAGGGGGGUGGAAGCUCGUCGACGCGUGCUGGGGUGCGGGGAAUAUCGAUCUCGCGGCCCAGACGUACGACGCGCACUUUAACCCGAUCCACUUCUCGAUGCUCAACGAUGACUUUGGAAGAACGCAUUUCCCCAAGGACCCAGGCCAGUUCUACGUGCCCAACCCGCCGAGCUGGGAGGAGUAUGUCGUCGGCUCAAACGGCGGUUUCGCGCGUCCGAUCGUCACGAGCACCGCGCACGAGGAGGGGAUCAACCAGUGGAGCAUCGAGCCGAGCAUCAGCCCCAUCCCGCUCGUCGCGUCCGACCCGCCGAGCGUGCGGUUCCAGAUGACGACCGUGUGCCCGCACUGGAACGCGGCGACGAACGGAAAGGGCCCAGAAUACCUGUUCAUGCUGUACAUGCCUUGGCGGAAAGGCAAGGAGGUGCUCAUGCCCAUGGAGCAUGGCGGCGGGUGGUGGUGGCUCGACGUCUCCAUCGACGAGCUCGCACGAGGGCGGGGGCAGAAGGUCACUGUGGUGGUCCUCACCUCGCUCAGUGGACGCGAUGGGCGAGGCAUCACGUCGGAGGAGUACGCCCAGAGUCUGCGGAGCCACGGUGCGUGGAGCUUCUCCAACAUGUUCAUCGCGUCCUGGGAUCUGUAG